AUGCGACAGCGCAAUGAUAGCGAAUUCAUCGAUUUAUUGAACAGCUUACGGGUAGGUGAACUGACGACGGCUCAGCUGGAAUUACUAUGCGAGCGGCGCCACGUGCCUAUAAAUGGUGAAUUUGCGGAUGGAGUCGCCGUUCGUAUCUUUCCCACGGUCAGGCAAGUCGACGAUUACAACGACAAAAUAACCAAGGAAAAUGCAAAGCUGCACCGAACUUAUUUAAUCAACGCAGUGGAUAAGUCGCGUGAAGUAGCGACAUAUGGUAGAAAACCACCAGAGAACGUGAUUCCCAAAGACGUCAAUAACUGUGGUGGUCUUCUGCCAUCGAUAAGAAUUAGCGUCGAAUCUCGAGUGAUGUUGAGACGCAAUAUCUCCGUCUCUGAAGGGCUAGUAAAUGGAGCUAUGGGUAUAAUAAAAAAAAUCAAAUGGCCGGCCUUGAGGAGAGAUCAACUGGAGGAUGGAGAGCUACCAGAAGCCGUGUACGUUAAAUUUGAUGACGAAACUAUCGGUCGCAGGCUAAAAGAUAGUAAUGGUUGCGUACCCAUACCUCCAUCAAGUACUACAUUUCAGGCAGUAAGGGGUUACGGAGAUGUGGAGCGCCGUAUGCUGCCUCUAAUAUUAAGCUGGGCAGUUACAGUUCACAAACUACAGGGUACGACCCUCGAAAGAGCUAGCUGGUUCAUGAUGAGUUCCCUACUGACGGAUCGAAUUAUAGAAGAAUGUCUAGAACAAGAAGAUAGUGAAGAAGAAAAUGUGUCAGAAAUAGAAGAUUUUGAGGAGCAUAGUGAUCACGAAAGCGGAACAGAGCAAGAAGCAAGUGAUUCAGAUGGGUCUUCAGUGUCGGAAGAGAGUUUUCCUUCGAAUUUACAAAUUGAGAAUACUGAAGAUGAAGAAUAUUUAGAGGAUGUACCGCUUAAACAUACAUCCUUCGUGCCGUCAUAUAAGCCACCCGAUGAAAAAGAUUGUAAAGCUAUUAAACAUUUUAUUAGUCGACAUCAAAAUAUUUUAAUACUAACUGGUGCGGGAAUAUCUACAGAAUCUGGAAUACCUGACUACAGAUCUGAAGAAGUAGGAUUGUAUGCAAGAAGUAACCAUAAACCUGUUCAAUAUCAAGAGUUUAUAAAAUAUCCAAGAGUAAGACAAAGAUAUUGGGCGAGAAAUUUCGUGGGAUGGCCAAAGUUCAGUGCUGUCAAACCAAAUGCUACACAUUAUGCUAUAAGACAAUUAGAAAAGACUCAAAAAGUUAGUGCAAUAGUAACACAGAAUGUAGACAGACUGCAUCAUAAAGCUGGAUCAGAGAAUGUUAUUGAGCUUCAUGGAACUGGAUACAUAGUUAAGUGUCUGCAGUGUCCUUAUGAGAUCAAGAGAUCAGAGCUACAGAAGAUAAUGAUGAAUGAGAAUCCUGAUAUGGAAAGCACUUUCACAAUGAUAAGGCCCGAUGGUGAUGUUGACCUAUCAGAAGAACAAAUUAAAAAGUUUAAAGUACCACUAUGCCCUAAAUGUAAAGGGCCUCUGAAACCAGACAUUGUGUUUUUUGGUGAUAAUGUUCCGAGGCACAGAGUUGAAAGAGUCCGUAGCGAAGUAAGUGGAAGUGACGCAGUAUUUGUAUUGGGUUCUAGUCUUACAGUGUACUCAAGCUACAGAAUAAUAUUGCAAGCAAAGGAAGAAAAGAAGGAAGUCGCCAUUUUAAAUAUUGGACCAACUAGAGCAGAUAAUAUAGUAGAUAUAAAGGUAUCAACAAAAUGUAGUGACAUUUUGACAGAUAUAUGCAAUGUGAUAUAA